UGUCGAAAUUCUGCAGCCCUCCACUUGACUAUAUAUGUUCAACGGUCUCCCAACGCCAUGUGUGUACCUUUAUAACCAACCACGGUGUCUUUGUGGUUUCAGUAGUGCGAUCGUUUCACUUGCUUGGUUUCCAUGUGCACGUGGUGCUUGGCAUGACCUGUCAGUCAAGUGGAACAUCAUUUCAACCUGAAAUCGAAUCCGAAUCGCACUUUGAGGAUUUAAACGUUCAGAUCAACAUGCACUGUCAUGUACCCGAAUGCAUCGUGCCCUCGCAAUCAACGAGCUGCUCACCCACAUUCUUCGCGAGGUGUACAAUGACGAGGGACCCAACCUUCGCCAGGGCGUCAAGGACAUAGCUAGGGUUUCUCAGGUCUGCAAGACCUUCCGAGAUCCUGCAUUGGAUUUCCUUUGGAGAAAUAUCGACAGCCUGCUCCCGCUUCUUCAGCUGCUUCCUCUCGAGAUUUACGAAGAGCACGGUGAUAAAGCUCGACUUUCAAAGAUUCUUGGGGACUUGAAGUCGCCAGAGCGCCAGCGUUAUAUCUCAAUAUCCAGCCGCGUGCGCACUCUAUCCUUUUCAGAGCCACGCGAGACUAUCCCUCGCAAUUUAAUAAACGGCAUUGUUGAAUACAAUAUCUUCUUAACUCCUCACAUAGAAGUCCUACGCCUUCAUAUAUCAUCCGAGGCUGGCCUUCGUCUUCUCCCAGCUCUUAUCACACCAGAAUUGACCGACAUCUCGCUCUCUUUUGACGAAAAUCUAUAUGUUUUCGAUCGCCCCCUAGACCUUGGUAACCUCAUCAAGUCGGUUUAUAUGACUAUUUUCCGGUGUGCGCCCAAGCUCGUACAUUUCUCUGCAGUUGAUUUGCACGAAGCACUACCGUUAUUAUCACUUACUAAGCCCCCGGGUCAAGAUCAUCUAGAUAUGGCAUGUCUUCAAAGCUUGACACAUGCAUCAUUCUACAUAACUGCCGUUUCUUUGCCACAAGUCCUCGAUCUAACAUCACAGCUUUGCAAGCUGGAGGACUUGACCAUUCAGACUUGCGAGAGACCUUUCGAGGGGGUUCCCCGCCUCUCCUCCUUUUCGCCAGAGACAUUCAGCUCGCUGAAGAACGUCACGUUUGACGGCUCUCCCGAUGUCAUCAGCCGUAUAUUCUCCGCACUCCCAGCCAAUCGCACCAUCCAAUCCGCAAUUCUACGGAUGCACGGUCUUUACACCAAUGCCGAUGUUGCACUGGUGCUCUUAGGGGUCGUUGCAGCUGUGUCCAAGGAGUCGUUACAGAAGAUUAUAAUGACUUCCGUGCUCUCAAGCAACGACCUUGCCCAAUGGGAUGCUGAGUCGGGAAUCAACACUCACCAAUUCAUACUAGACAUACACGCCAUCGAGCCUGCCCUGCAGUUCCAGAAUCUCGAGAUCUUCUCGGCCUGUCUCGGUGUCCCACUCUAUCUCACAGACGAAGACCAUCUACGCAUCGCGCAGACAUGGUGCUCUGUGCGGCUACUAUACCUGUCGUCAAUCGUCCAGCGUGUUGUCUGGGCCCACAAACCUCCCGCCAGCAUCGCGUCCCUGGUGCACUAUGCGCGAUAUUGUCGCCGCUUGAAAGCGCUGGGGCUUUGUCUCGAUGCAUCUACGAAAGCCAGCGUCGAUACAUGCAUGCAGGCUGUGGACGCGUGCGAGGAGAACAUUUCGGAAGGAAACCUCAGCCUCCCAUCUCCCUCGAUCCAAAUGAUCGAGUUUGGUCCUUCAUGGCUGGAGUGUAACUUCGACCCCGUGCAAAUCCACUCCCUAGCCAAAGCGUUCACGAGGCUCUUUUCCAACCUAGCUGCUUGUCGUGCGUGUCGGACAGAGGAGCUUGGGGUGCCACAGGCUGCAUGGACUUGGAUGAAGGUCCAGACGUUGUACGAAUACAUCCUCUUUACGGAUCCGGGCCGUAACGCAAAUACACCACAGAGCGCAUGGAAGUCGAGGUUGUUUUCCAAGUGGACCUCGGACUAUGGAAAAGAUUAUGAGAAGGUGGCCCUAGCGGCCCCUGGUUCAUCCGUGGAAGCUGACUUUGAUGAGUGUGUCUUCUUGUUAUUUACACUUUCACACACCGACCCUUGGUGUUACAGUGCUCGGAACGCCGAAGCGUUCAAUCUGAUCAUGUACAAGACAGCAAGAGACGAGCUGGCAAAGAUAUCCAAAGAACACGAGGUCACAUGAACGAUACUCGCAUUGCUCAUGUAGUCUUCACAUAUUUGUGACAAACGAAGUGUGGUCAUUUGGGAAACACACGAGGGUCGACGCCUUAUGACCAAUGAAUUAGUGCUUGUGCCAAGUGUGGGAUUUCUCUAUGAUUGCGAGCUGAGAAUCAGAAAUAUUAAAUCAUCAGUUUCCGCGAC